CUUUCUUAGAAUGACUACCCGUGCUUGGAUUCCCUGGGAUUUCGCAGUCCAUUUUGUUGUCAUGUGUCAGAUACUAACUUCCUUCUCCCAAAUAGAUCAAGCCUAUUGACAUAACUUCUCAAUCAUUCUAUUUUUCUUUUCUAAUUUUCACAUCUCAAUGUGUAAUUUCCACUGGAGUUGAAGCUGUGGCGGUGACACUGUUGGUGUGAAGAGUGAGCAAGGUGAUCGUGCUUCAUUUGGUCUUCUAAUUUUCUCUUCAGUUUCUGUGGUGCCAUUCCCUUAUUUACUGUGAAUCUUUUCUGGGCACUUUCCACCACUCCUGUUCUGGGUUUUCUCUGCCAUAGGUUGGAAGCUGGAGCUUGUUCUUGUGUUGAAGGUGAAAUCAAGCUCCAUACUUCAUCUGGGUCUAGUUAUAAUUCUAUAAAAUUUUGACUUUAUGCUUACCAAACGUUCUUUGUGGUUAAAUGACUGGUGGGUUUUGCUAGCUGGCUAAGUCUGCUCUUUAAAAAAGUUUCCAAUUAUUAAGUGAUGUUUCGGUCUUCUGAGGCCCAUGUGCCAUGCUUAUGAAGAGUUAAAAGGAGAAACGGGUACAAGUCUUUACGAGCUUGAGAUUCUGGGAUGGUUAGUAAUGGGAUUGAAUAUUUGUUCAAACUCCAAAGAACCAUUACAAGGUUUUGAUUGCAAACGAAAGGAACGAUCUUGGUCAGAUGGGACACGACGAGUUGGUGACAGUUGACAACGUAUCUGGAGAUGAGCUUGAAUCAACUUCUUCUGAGAAAGAAGAGAAUUGGAGUUAAAAUUUGGAGCAGAAUUCUUCAGAGGUUAAUUCUACAUCUUCAGAGUUCAACUCUACACUUGGAGUAGGUUUGGACCAUUUCAUCCCAGAGCCUGUUGGAACUGAGAGUAACCUUGUUGCUACUGACAAUGAGAUUUUGUUUCCUAAAUCAAUGAUGGAAUUUUGGGAUUCUCCAAGGCAAGACCUAACAGUGGACAGGCUUUCAGAGUGUGAGAAGCAAAAGCUGCUUAACCUUGUAAAGAUACAAAAUGAUGGGACUGUUGAUGUUGAUCUGGAAAAAGAUGCACCUCUUGUAUCCGAAUUGUUGAAGUUUCAAUCUUUUGAAGAGUCAACAAUGAGUGCAAGUGUUGUUUCUGAAUCAAAAAAAUCAGCUCCAUGGUUACAAAUUGUCAUGCUUGUGGUUGGGACUAGAGGCGAUGUACAACCUUUCCUGGCCAUCGCAAAAAAACUCCAGGACUAUGGUCAUCGUGUUAGGCUGGCAACACAUGCUGAUUUUGACACAUUUGUAAAGAGUGCUGGUGUUGAUUUCUAUCCGUUGGGUGGUGAUCCUCGUGCUUUGGCAAGAUAUAUGGUGAGGAAUAAAGGUAUAAUCCCAUCUGGUCCAACUGAAAUAUCUAUCCAAAGAAAGCAGCUGAAGGCUAUUAUUGAUUCUCUUCUUCCAGCAUGCAUAGAACCUGAUUUGGAAACUGGUAUUCCUUUUAGAGCUCAGGCUAUUAUAGCCAAUCCUACAGCAUGUGGACAUACACACAUUGCUGAAGCCCUCGGGGUGCCCCUUCACAUCUUCUUCACAAUGCCUUGGACGCCAACAUAUGAGUUUUCACACCCUUUGGCGCGUGUUCCUCAAAGUGCUGGUUAUUGGCUGUCAUAUAUAAUUGUGGAUGUACUGAUAUGGUGGGGAAUACGAGGACUCAUCAAUGACUUCAGGAAAAGAAAAUUGAAGCUUGCUCCUAUUGCAUACUUCAGUAUAUACAGUGGAUCAAUUACUCAUUUACCUACUGGCUAUAUGUGGAGUCCUCAUGUGGUUCCAAAACCAACUGACUGGGGCCCCUUAGUUGAUGUCGUUGGUUAUUGUUUCUUGAACCUUGGCUCAAAGUAUCAACCACAGGAAGAUUUUGUCCAAUGGAUUCAAAAAGGACCAAAACCUUUAUAUUUUGGGUUUGGGAGCAUGCCUCUUGAUGAUCCUAAAAGAACUACUGAUGUCAUAGUGGAGGCACUGAAGGAUACAGGGCAACGAGGAAUUAUUGACCGGGGCUGGGGGAAUCUAGGCAAUUUGGCAGAAGUUCCAGAAAAUGUUUUCGUGCUAGAGGAAUGCCCUCAUGACUGGUUGUUUCCCCAAUGUUCAGCUUUGGUGCAUCAUGGUGGUGCUGGAACAACGGCUACAGGACUAAAGGCCGGGUGUCCAACAACCAUUGUUCCAUUCUUUGGAGAUCAGUUCUUUUGGGGAGACAGAAUAUAUCAGAGAGGGCUGGGACNUGUUCCAAUUCCUAUAUCUCAGCUUAGUCUUGAAAAUUUAACAAAUGCCAUAAAUUUCAUGCUCCAGCCAGAGGUAAAAUCACAAGCAAUGGCAAUCGCAAAGUUGAUAGAGAAUGAAGACGGUGUUACAGCUGCAGUUGAUGCGUUUCACCGCCAUCUACCACCAGAGCUACCACUACCAACUCCAUCUCCUGUAGUGGAGGACCAUGCAAAUCCAUUGCAGUGGUUUUUUGUCCAACUAGCAAAGUUGUGCACUUUACCUUGUGGGAGUGUAUAGUUUUUUUGCUUUUUUGACUGAGUAUAUUCUUUUUUAUCUUCUAUUCAUUACAUAAUUACAUUUUAUAGGAGUUUUCCCUCUUUUUUUUUUAGCAAUGGAAGCAGUGAUUAGCUUAGUAUGAUAUUCCAUUCAUUUCUGUCAAAAUCUCUUCUUGUGAAGUUUGACUAAUAGUAGUAAUCUUGAAGUUGAGCAUCUCAAUUUUGGAGUAUGUUCUUUUUUCUGA